AUGGCUCGAAGACUUGGGGUGCUCAUGGCAUGCGUAGCCGGCGCUAUGGACUCUGUGGCACCUGCCUGUACAGCGCUGGAGGCAGCUCGAAAACUCACUGCCCCCAAGGCGACGUUGAAGAAGAAUGGGGAAUUCGAGGGCGGAGACUUCUGGGAAGAGCAUGAAGACUUGCUGAGAUCAGCCUGGCGAGAGCGUGUGCCUUUGCAUGCGGAGCUUUAUGAGUAUGGUCCAGCCUUUGAGAGGGAGUACCUGCAUCCACAACUGCGCGAUGCGGUUCAGAAGGCACGUCUGGGGCAAGAGAAGGAUGCACACGAGCUCUUUGAAGAGAUCAUUCCAGGUGUCUUCGCGACGGACCUGCUCUUCACCGCCCAGUUCCGCGAGGAGUUCCGCCGCGAGUUGGACGCCAUCAACGGUUCGGGGAUUCCAACCCGAAGGCCCAACGGAAUGAAUCGGUAUGGUGUGAUCCUUGAUGAAGUUGGCUUCGAGAAGAUGCUGGAGCAGCUGUGCGAUGCCUAUUUGCGACCCCUGGCCGCGAUGCUCUUUCCAGAGCUGGUUGGGGCACGCGAUGCGGAUGAGCACUACGCCUUCACUGUGAACUACGACACAGAGGGUGAUACCGAGUUGGCCAAGCAUGGCGAUGCUUCGGUGGUGACCAUCAAUCUGUGCUUGGGUCCAGAUUCUUGGGAAGGCAGCACCUUGCGCUUCUUCGAAAGCGGUGGCUCUGGGAUGUAUGCCCUGCCCAAGGGGAACGACUCCGCAGGCGCAGGGGAUGUGAACUUCCGCGCGGGCAUGGCACUGAUCCAUCGCGGGCAACACCAACAUCAGGCGCAGGAGCUCACCAGUGGUCAGCGAGUGAACCUGGUGAUUUGGUUGCAUGCCAAAGAUGGUGUGGUGCGUAUUGCUCCCUAUGCCCCGGACGAGCAGCUCACGGCGGCACAGCGUUGGAGCCCACAUCGCUUCCUGUGA